AUGGCGAAACGGAACGCGGAGAUAGUCUUGAAAUACUCGACAGUGUAUCCAUUCAGAUUACGGGGGCAAGCUUUACUAUGCGUCUAUUGCAACGAGGGAUACGAAGAUCCCACACAUUUUAGAAGACACGUUGAUUGUAAUCACGAAAAAUUUAGCGUUGCUGCAGCCUUUGCUCACUUAGCUAAGGGAAAAGACUACCUCAAGGUAGACUGUGCCAACUUAGAAUGCAGGAUUUGUGGGGAACCAUUCUCAAACGUUAAAGACACAGCUGAACAUCUUGUCAAAGAACACACUCUUAAGAUAAACCUUAAUUACGACGUAGCGCUACAGUGUUACAAACUAGAAAAAGAGUUGGAACCACAUUUAACGGCGAAACGGAACGCGGAGAUCGUGUUACAAUAUUCAACUGUGUAUCCGUUCAGAUUGCGAGGAAAGGCUAUGCUAUGCGUCUACUGCUGUGAGGAAUACGAGGAUCCCGAUGAUUUUAGGAGACACGUGGAUGAUAAUCACGAACAAUUUACAGUAUCUACUGCAUUUGCACACAUCGGCAGUGCAAAAGACUAUCUAAAAGUUGACUGUACCAACUUAAAGUGUAGGUUGUGUGCUGGAUCCUUCACUAGCAUCGAACAUGUGGCCGAACAUCUCGCAAAAGAACACGACCGUAAGGAAACUCGGCAAUUGUGUCUUGACUAUGAUAUAGGCUUGCAACCAUAUAAGCUAGAGAAGGACAAAUGGUUUUGUUUCCAUUGCAAUAAAAAACUACCUACCAUAACGAAACUUUGCCGUCAUACCACAUCUCAUUAUCAGCAGUAUACGUGCGAUAUUUGUGGACGAAGCUACAUGACUAAUGACGCCUUAAAAUAUCAUAUUAAAUGCAGUCAUUCAGGAAAUUAUGUAUGCCGAAGAUGCUGGAAAAAUUUCCCCACCUUAGAAGAAAAAAGAGAACAUGUUAGAAUAUCCAAGAGUUGUUGGGCUUUUGGAUGUGUUAACUGCGGUGAUAGAUUUCAAUCUUGGGAGCAAAAACAGAAACACCUAGUUGAAAAACACGACUGCCCAGAAACGAGUUAUCCUUGUCCCGAAUGUGAUAAGACAUUUCAAACUAGAAAACAAUUUUAUAACCAUUACAAAAUGGCGCAUACUGAUGAAGGAUUUAUUUGUUCUUGUUGUGGGUUGAAGUUUGGGGCUAAAAAUCAGCUAGAGGAUCAUAGGCUAGGACAUACUGGCGAGAAACAGUUUAAGUGCUUAGUGUGUUCGAAGGCUUUUACUCGCAAUAAGAGUCUUUCUCAACACAUGUGGAUUCAUAGUGACAUCAAACGUUUCGAAUGCAAACCGUGCAAUAAACAAUUCAACCAGAAAGUCAGCUACAGAUCUCAUAUGAAAGUACACCAUUCUCAAAUUAUGGAAUAA